AUGGGUUGUCGAGUUUUGCUGGGUUUUCUGCUUGCAGCAGCAGCAGUCAUUGCAUCGGUGGAUUGCAACUCUGAAGGUGAUAUUCUGAAUGCCUGGAAAACCCAGUUGACCGACCCAAACAAUGUCCUUCAGAGCUGGGACCCAACUUUGAUCAACCCAUGCACCUAUUUCCACGUUACUUGCAAUUCCGAAAACAGCGUUACAAGGCUGGACCUUGGGAAUGCAAGCCUGUCAGGACCUCUUAUCCCUGAGCUUGGAAACUUGACUAACCUUCAAUACUUGGAGGUGUUUGGCAACAGACUGUUUGGAUCUAUUCCAAAUGAAAUUGGUAACUUAAGAAACUUGGUCAGCUUGGACCUCUACAAGAACAAUUUCACAGGGAGAAUUCCAAAAUCAUUUGGACACUUGCAUUUCUUGAGGUUCUUGAGGGUCUUUAGCAAUAGCUUGACCGGACGUAUUCCUCCAAAUUUUGGCAAUUUGACAUCUUUGGAAAUCCUGGAAUUAAACAGUAACAGGCUCACUGGCCCUCUACCAUUUGUGGUCCUUGAACUGGUUCGAUUUGGGCAGCUGAAGCAUUUGUGA